CGCAGGUUUUUUUUCUCUGAUCUCCUUAGUGACACAUAUUCCACAGCAGCAGCAGCAGAGGAAGACAUUUCAGUAUGUCUGCAGGGUUGGAGUUGAUAGGCAUCUCUCUGUGCAUUUUGGGAUGGAUUAUUGCCAUCGUGGCGUGCGCCCUCCCCAUGUGGAGGGUGACGGCCUUCAUUGGCAGCAAUAUCGUGACAGCUCAGAUCAUCUGGGAGGGCCUGUGGAUGACUUGCGUGGUCCAGAGCACAGGACAGAUGCAGUGCAAGGUCUACGACUCCAUGCUUGCUCUCUCCCAAGACCUCCAAGCUGCUCGCGCCCUCACUGUCAUCUCCAUCCUGUUAGCCAUCCUGGCCGUGCUCAUUGCCAUCGCCGGGGCCAAGUGCACCAACUGCAUUGAUGAUGAGGCAUCCAAGGCCAAGGUGAUGAUAAUCUCCGGGAUCUUCUUCAUUGUAUCUGGGGUCAUGCAGCUUAUUCCCGUCUCCUGGUCGGCCAACACCAUAAUCAGGGACUUCUACAACCCUUUACUUACUGAUGCUCAGCGAAGGGAGCUGGGGGCCGCACUGUACAUCGGCUGGGCAGCGGCCGCCCUCCUGAUUCUUGGUGGCGGACUCCUCUGCUGUUCCUGUCCGCCACGUGAGACCAGAUACAACCCUUCAAGAAUGGCUUACUCUGCCCCACGGUCUGCAGGUGGCCCAGGGUUAGAAAGGAAAGACUAUGUAUGAGUGAAGGUCAAA